UCAAAAUGAAAUUCCCGUAAAGGUCAUCAUAUAAACAACCCACCUGAUGAAAAUAAACAAGUUCAAAGCAUUAUAACAGUACCAGGACCUGAAAGUGAACAGUUACUAAUUUGCAUCUUUCCUUUCAAGAAUAUGUGACCAGUUCCUCAGUAACGCACAAAAUGUCAACACAGGCAAGAAUAUUCCUUUUCAUAGUGUGCGCCGUAGCGCUUAGUUACUGCAAAGACAUUGCUAUGGACCGACGGUAUUGCCCCAUAUGCGAUUCUUCAGUAUACGGUUACUGCUCGGAGAAGAUGUUCCACGAUUCCUGCUGUUGCAGUCCGCACAACGACUAUUAUCCGCUACCGUUCCAAUGCCAGUUUGCCGACUGCAGCUUUCUCCACGCGAACUCGUGCAAGGAGCACAGCCUCAUAGCGGGUUGCUGCUGUAUUGAUAAAUUAAACAUCUUCUUUAAACAAUAAUAAUUCUAAUAUUUUAUUUACAGUGGAGUCACAACGAUCAACUUAUAUACUCAUGCAUUUAACGCAAAUGAUUUAAAUAUAAUGACUAGAAUUUGUGUUAAUAUUUACAAUAAAAAUACUUUCGCGGAA